UACUCCUCCCCUCUCUUCCACCCCCUUAGACAUGCCUCCUCCUCCUCCCCUCCCUCCGUUUUCCAAUCCUUCUUUCCCACCUUCCCCUCUUCAGCGUGCUGCCACUAUGCCCGAAAUAUCCAUCCCCGAACCCCAACCGAAACGAUCCGAUAUGAUUAUAGAAGAGGAAAACGAGGAUGAUAUGGAAACUGAAAGCACGCAUAGUUUAAGGCAUCGUAGCAGUAAAAGUAGCGGCGGCGGCGGUGGUGGUGGAGGAACUGGGGGAUUGCAAACGCCUCCUUCUCCACCACGGACACCGCCACAGAAUAAUCGAGCGCCUCCUCCUCCACCGCCGCCGGAUAGCAAGGGGAUGGCGUCCAUGUCAUGGGAUUUUUUCUUCCCUUCAAUGGACAACGUCCCCGGCCCUACACUAGCUGAGGUGGACGAGAGUAGGAUUGAAAGAGAUGAUCUCGAGCGGAAGAUGUAUGACGAAAGGGCUAAGAGAGCUGAAAACGCUAAUGAAACUGAAAGAGUGAGGAAGAACGAGAUGCCAGAGGAGGCUGAGGUGGUAGAAACGGCAACGGAGACUCCAUCAGAGCCACCUCCUCCGCCUCAAGUUGCCGCUAAAGUUGUGAAAAGAGUGAAAAAUGUUGUUCCAGGAGAGAAUAAAAAGAAAGGAGGUCAAUUUAACCUUCUGCAGAUAUUCUCCGAGCUGGAUGAUUGUUUCCUUAAGGCAUCCGAGAGUGCUCACGAAGUAUCUAAGAUGCUUGAGGCAAAUCGAUUGCAUUAUCACUCAAAUUUUGCCGAUAAUAGAGGACACAUUGAUCAUUCUGCAAGGGUCAUGCGUGUCAUAACAUGGAAUAGGUCCUUCAGAGGCUUGCCAAAUGCUGAUGAUGGAUUGGAUGACUUUGAUUCAGAGGAACAUGAAACUCAUGCAACAGUGUUAGACAAGAUGCUCGCAUGGGAGAAAAAGCUGUAUGAUGAAGUGAAGGCAGGAGAACAAAUGAAACUUGAAUAUCAGAGAAAGGUUGCUUCAUUGAAUAAGCUCAAGAAACGUGGUACAAAUACCGAGGCCUUGGAGAGAGUGAAAGCUACAGUAAGUCACCUACACACAAGAUACAUUGUCGACAUGCAGUCUAUGGAUUCUACUGUUUCAGAGAUAAAUCGGUUACGCGAUGAGCAACUUUAUCCAAAAUUGGUUGCUCUGGUUGAUGGGAUGGCUAUAAUGUGGGAGACCAUGAGAGGAUAUCAUGUAAGUCAGUCUAAGAUUGUGCAAGCGCUAAGGUCUUUGGAUAUAUCCCAAUCCCCUAAAGAAACAACCGAGCACCAUCAUGAACGAACUUUGCAGUUGUAUGUUGUUGUCCAAGAGUGGCAUUCACAGUUUGACAAACUGGUUACCCACCAAAAACAGUACAUCAAAGCUCUAAACAAUUGGUUAAAGUUAAAUCUCAUUCCUAUAGACACAAAUCUGAAGGAAAAGGUUUCGUCGCCACAAAGACCCCAAACCCCGCCAAUUCUGUCACUUAUACAUGCUUGGCAUGAUUAUCUUGACAAGCUUCCUGAUGAGUUGGCUAGAACUGCUAUUUAUAACUUUUCAGCUGUUAUAAAUACUAUCUUUGAAUACCAAAAGGAGGAGAUGAAGCUGAAGGACAGGUGUGAGGAUACUCGGAGAGAGCUUAACAAGAAGACUAGGCAAUAUGAGGAUUGGUAUCACAAGUAUAUGCAGCGUAGAACGCCCCCGGAUGAAAUGGAUCCAGAUCAAGCUCAUGAGGAUAGUCUUGUGGUUGAUCGGCAGCUACAGUUGGAGGCACUGAGGAAGAAGCUGGAAGACGAGGAGGAAGCAUACCAGAGGCAGUGUCUUCAGGUGAGAGAUAAAUCUUUGACAAGCCUGAGAAGCCGCUUGCCUGAGCUUUUCGAAGCAAUGUCAGAUUUUUCCCUUGCCUGUGCGGAUAUGUACAGGGACUUGAGAUCUAUCGCAAAGCAUCGUAAUAGAAAUGGCAACUCAUGAUCGGUGAAUAUAUACAGCUUGUAGUGUAAACAGUGUACUGUAUGCAUUUUCCUUUGUAACAGCUUUGAGAGGUGUGAUUUAUUUAUUACUUGUACUGUUGCUCGUAUAUGGAUCAAAGAAGAUUUGAGUUUCUGGCGGAAUUUGUCAAGAAGCCAGCAAGUUCAGAAUUAUGUGCUCUCCGUAGAGGUUGCUGUGCCAAUUCAAGUUGCCUACGAACGUCAAAGAGCAACGGCGACUUCGGCAACGGUUUCUCGUAUAUAAAUGACGUUUGCCUAAACUAUUCUUGUUAUAAAUUUUCUUAAGGAUGUUUGUGUCAUAGAAAUUGGAAGUCCAAAUAAUGCUUGAGAAUUUGGAACAGUU